CCCGUUGGUUCGCCCUAAACCCCUGCUCGUCUCCCCCGCCGCGAGCUCUCCAUGGCCGCCAAGAGGAAGUUCGGCAAGUCGCCGGCGCAAGCGCCGGCGAAGAAGGCGAAGGAAGAGGACGCGGAGGAGGGGCUCUUCUCUUCGCGCUCCUUCGCCGACCUCGGGCUCCACCCCACCCUCUGCGCCCACCUCCAAGAUAAGAUGGGUUUCCAGGCACCGACGCGGAUCCAGGCGCAGGCGAUUCCGGUCGCCAUGUCAGGGCAGCACUUGCUGGUCAAGGCGGCCACUGGCACCGGCAAGACGCUUGCGUACCUUGCGCCGAUCGUUCACCUUCUCCAGAUGAGGGAGCCUCGUGUCGAGAGGACUCAUGGAACUUUUGCGUUGGUUAUUGUUCCAACGCGGGAGCUGUGCUUGCAGGUUUAUGGGAUUGCGCAGCAGUUGGUGCAUCGUUUCCACUGGCUUGUCCCUGGGUAUGUGAUGGGCGGUGAGAGUAGAUCAAAAGAGAAAGCAAGGCUACGGAAAGGGAUAUCAAUUCUUAUUGCCACACCUGGGCGCCUGCUGGACCACUUACAACAUACUUCCUCAUUUGUUUAUUCAAAUUUGCGCUGGAUAGUUUUUGAUGAAGCUGACAGCAUUCUUGAACUUGGUUUUGGAAAAGCAGUCGAGGAUAUACUAGGCCUCUUGGGUUCCAGGAUUGAUGCUUCUGGCCAGAAUAAAAGCAAAACAGACCAUGUGCAAAGGCAAAACCUUCUCCUAUCAGCAACUCUCAACGAAAAGGUGAACCGCUUAGCCAACAUUAGUUUGAAGAACCCAGUGAUGAUUGGACUUGAUGAACAAAACAAGCCUUCUGAGAGGUCCAGAGCCCUAGGGAAGAAGCACACUUCCUUAUUAUCUGAUGACGAGGAGGAAAUACCUGUAAAGCACAAUGAUAUGGUGCAACAUGCGGUUGAUGAUUUUAAGCUUCCCGCACAAUUGAUUCAAAGAUAUGUUAAAGUUUCAUGUGGUUCGAGGCUUGCGGUUCUUCUUACCAUUCUGAAAUCUCAAUUUGAAAGACAAGUGUCCCAGAAGGUUGUCGUUUUCUUGUCAACAUGUGACUCUGUAGAUUUCCAUCACACUGUUCUCAGCCAGCUUGAGUGGAGCCGUGGCCUUGCACUAGAUGCGGAAAAUAAGCAAAAGUUUCUUAGUUGUAAAGUGUUCCGUUUACAUGGUAGUAUGGACCAGGAGGAUAGAAAGAAAUCAUACUUGGGAUUCAGUACUGAAAAAUCUGCAAUUCUUGUAUGCACUGAUGUUGCUGCUAGGGGUUUGGACAUUCCGAAAGUGAAAUGCAUCAUACAGUAUGACUCACCUGGGGAGGCUUCUGAAUAUGUUCACAGGGUCGGAAGAACUGCAAGGAUUGGUGAAAAGGGGGAGGCCCUCCUGUUUCUCCAACCUGUUGAAAUCGAUUACUUGAGAGAUCUAGAGCUACAUGGCGUAUCUCUGACAGAAUACCCCUUCCAAAAGGUUUUAGACGGUUUCCCUUUAAAUGGAGAGAAGCCUCUCAAGAGGAAGCCUAUAUCUUUGGAUAUGCACCCAUGGAUACUGUCUGUGCAGAGAACGUUGGAAAAUUACAUCGCAUCCGAGGCCACAGCAAACAAGCUUGCGAGGGACGCCUUUUGUUCAUGGCUUCGUGCUUACACCGCCCACCGAGGCGAACUGAAGAAGAUUUUCAUGGUCAAGAAGCUCCACCUGGGACAUGUUGCGAGAAGCUUUGGGUUGAAGGAGCAACCCUCACUGGUUGGAAGGUCACACCAGGUGCAGCUCAAGAAGAGGAAGAAGGAGCAGAAACGUGAGAGGCCUAACAACAACAAAAGGAGAAAGCUCCAUGCUAAGAAGUGAAUUUACAUGUCGCCCGUCACCAAGGACCUGAUGGUGGACCGGAUCAAUAAUCCACUCCAGUUUUGUUGAACUAACAGCAGCAACUUUGCCAAAAGCUUACGUGGUGGCUAGAGAGCUAGAGAAUGGCUAAUUUUGCCCACAAAAUCACAGGAACGGUUGUCUUUCAUGAAAUGUAGUGCAACAGAUGUACAAUAUUUGUUGUGAUGAGAUGAUCCCUUUGUAACUUUUGUUCAUCAAGAUCUCAUGUCUGGUGCUUUUGCCCUUUACAAAUGAGUGUUGUGUGACAAGCUGUAACAAAUUAUUCUUAGCAAUUAAUAUGUUUACAAUGAUUAUUCAACUAACAA